AUGACAUGUUCCAGGGGUGCAGGGAGCGGAAGUGAUUGUAACCCCUGGAGUAUCGACGAUGGAGGUUGGCCAUGCUCCGAAUGCACGUAUUUGAACCCUUCAUCCAGUUGGCGAUGCAAAGUAUGCGAGAUUGGACUCGGACCCGUUACAACAAAAGGCAAAGAUACAUUUCAGUUAAAGGAGAUACAAAAUGAAAUCCGGCUCGUUCUCAUCGGAAGAACAGGUGCUGGUAAAAGUGCCACAGGAAACACCAUACUCGGCGAGGAUGCGUUUGUGUCCAAAACAUCUAUGGCAUCAAUCACACGGAAAUGCUCGUCUGGAACCGCACAUCGUUUUGGGAAGGACUUACUAGUGGUAGACACACCAGGUUUAUAUGAUACUGGUAUGACUAAUGAGGACGUCACAAAGGAAAUAGUCAAAUGUAUCGGUAUGACGUCACCAGGACCGCACGCAAUAGUUCUCGUGGUAAUUAUAAGUCGAUUUACAAAAGAGGAACAGGACACAGUUCAACAUUUCUCCGAUAUUUUCGGGGAGGGGAUGUUCAAUCACAUGAUAGUGCUGUUCACACGCAGAGAUGAUCUGGACAGACAAAACAUUAAAAUACAAAACUGCGUUCAGCAAGCAACGCCGAAGUUAAAAGAAAUCUUACAGAAAUGCGAUCAAAGAUAUCUUGCGUUUGACAACACUCAGACGCCUGCUAUGAGGGAAAGAGACGCAGGACAAUUAAUUGAAUUAGUUAACGAUAUUACUAAAAGAAAUGGUGGCAAUUCUUACUCCAAUGAAAUGUACGCGGAAGCAGAAAAGCAGUAUAAAAGAAGAGUAGCGGAAAUUGAGAGUCAAAAGAAUAGAGAAAAGGAAUUUGAAAAGGAACGCAUAACCAGAUCGCUGCGAAUCGAAUUCGAGAACAAAAUUGGGAAAGUUCGCACCGAAAAGGAGAGAUUGCUACAACAAAGUCGUGAAAAGGAACGCCAACUUCGUUCAGAUAUAGAUAAACUAAAACUACGCAUUGAAGCUGACGCGUAUGUUAAAGAGCGUGUCAGCUUGGAGUGGGAGAGGCUUAAGAAAGAGAAUACAGAACAACUGUGUAACCAGAGAAUAAGAGAAGUUGAAGAACGUGAACGACAAUGUAGAGAAGAAUACAGACGCAGAGAACAGGAUCUACUCUCCCGAGUUGAAAAAAAGUAUAAAGUGGACUCAAGUUCAAUGCGUUCAAAAGUAAGGAAAGAGUAUGAAGAAGAAGACCAAGGGGCACUGUCACAUUUGUGGACUGGAAUAAAAAAUGUUGGAAUGGGUGUUGUCAAAGGUUUCAAGGCGGCUGCGAAAUUCUUUGGGUUUUAA